AUAUCGAUGAAUUAGGCCUGGCCUCAGGAUUUAUUUUGUGCGGGUUUGAAUUUCUCAUAAUGAUGGGAAUAUAUACUUUACUCACCGAUUGGAUUCGCUUAGUUACAAAAUUGUCAGUAUCAUCAGAUUCAUCAAAGGAUAGAAAGACGAGAUUAUUUUUGGAGCUUCUUUUGGUUAACGUGACGAAAUUUGUUUUACCAGUUUGCGGAGUUUUUGGAGCUGUUCAGAUCAUUCAAGAAUAUAAUGAAUCAAAUAAUGGCACAGAUAUCUAUACUAGCAGCAAUAUUUUGCGUAAAAUAUCAAACAUAGGCUUCUUAAUAUGCUUAAGCUUAUACAUGAUUUAUGUAACUUAUUUUGCGGUGAUUUAUGUUGGGAAACCUAUUGGUCAACAACUUCAAGUUUUGCUGUUAUACACCAGUGGCUCUUUGCUAUUCAUCGAAUUGGUAUACAGAACAUUUAUUACCUUUGCUGAUGCUACAGAUUCUACGAAUAGAUACGAGUGGAUGACUUAUGUAUUUGAGGCUAUACCUGAAUUGGUAUUAUUAGCC